AUGAAACGGUUCAGUGCCCCAGCCUCUGUGUACCCCGACCCCACGAGGCCACCAGACGAUGAUGACAGCGACGCUAGCCUCAGCGAUGGUAGUAAGAAGGUCAAAACCGCUCAGUCGUUUGAAUCUCUGUUCAAUAGUGAGUCCCUUAGCGAUAUCGUUCUGGACAUUAACCAAGGAGAGUUCGUCUUCCACGCCCACAAAAUGAUUGUGGGAUUGAAGAGUGAACGCCUGGCAGCUCUGAUUACAAGUGUUGCCUCGGUAUCCCUUGACAACAGCAGCAAGCCGGUACUCUACCUUCUGGAAACGCCAGAGUGCAGCGCCAUAUUUAGUCGCUUCCUGUAUUUUAUCUAUAGUGGCGCUGUUUGGCUUCAUCGGGACUACGUCGUCCCACUUUUCAAACUGGCCGUGAAAUAUGGCGUAGGGGCGCUAGCCACCCAUUGUGAAAAUUACAUCAUACAGUUAUUGAAUAAGUGUUUGAAUGUUGAUACUAACUGUGCCAACCCUCCGCCAACCAUGCACGUGACAACCGUGUGUGAUUUGUAUGAAGAUGCGGAAUACAGAGAUGAGACGCGGAAGUCCGCGUUUUGUGUGCUGGGUCGCAGAUUCGCAGACCUUAUACGUACGGAUAGAUGGAUAUUUUGUAUGUGGACAACCGUGCGGGACCUACUGAGGUCUGACGAGUGUGCUUGCGAAGAAAACUUAAUUUUAGUGGCCGCUACAGACUGGAUGAAACGAAAUAAACUGCAAGAUAAAGCCCGCAUUCAGGAGAUACUAGCUUCGAUUCGCUACCCGCGGUUGCCACGUCGGGUGUUGUACCACCUUCACACGACUGCAAGCUUCAAAAAUUUCCCGCAGGUCCAGGACCUUAUAGAGGCUGCUAUUCGCUACCACUGUUUUAAAGACGUUCCCGAGGCUCAGAAUGAAUUUUCUGGUCUUCAGUACAGAGUCAGAUGGCGGAGCAGAACAAGACACACCGUAUGUGGAGGAGAGACAAUUUCCCAUUCGGAAAACCACGACAACCCUGCUCAAAAUCACUGGCAUUUUGAUGACUGCGAUGAUUCUACUCUACCCGUUGUCGCAGACACUCACGAAGCUGUUGAUCACUGUGAUAGCAAUAACCUUGACCUCAUGACGAAUUCCAGGUCAGCGGAGAUCAACCACAACCACCACCACCACCAGCACCACCACCCUCUGUGUCGGAGCCAGUUUUCUCAAACCACGAGAUAUUCCCACCGCCAUGGUCCCCGAACGUGGGGCAACCAUGGUUCUAUUCCAGACUCUGUGGUGUCAACAUUUCACCCUGUGGUGUCGCCAGUAGUCGCGGUACAGCCCCACGUCCACACAGAUACCACAAGCUCUUCGCCGGAUAUAUCCUUGCAAAUCAACAUCCAUAACCACAACCAAGUUUGA